AUGGAUACAACAGAAGAAAUUGGUCCUGAAGAAGCGGCCGGUAUUGAAUUGGAUGAUGAAAUAGCUUCACUACAAGAACAGAUCGCGUCAUUAAAGGAUCAACGUCGUCUCCAAACAGCUACUAUCCUGUCUUCUCAAGUUUCAAAAUCAACUUUGUCGAAUUUGCGAAAGUCUUCCUCCAAAACCACAUCCUCCCAAUCUACUCCUCCUAUAGAUUCCGAUCCACUCAUCGCAAGCUCCGCCGCCCAGACAACUCAUAAUCUCGAGAAUCUAUAUCGCGCAUGCGCAUCAAUCACAUCAUUCCACGUUCAAGAUCCGGAUCCAAAGGCUGUGGAUAAUGGACAUGUAUUGGGCCUUCGCAUUGAUCUCAGUAAUGCUGGGAAAUUCGUUCGACCUUAUUAUAUCAUGUUAAACAAACCAUAUUCGGGAUCCGCAGCGUUAAGAAUACAUCGGCACACAGUACCUUCGUGUAUACCUUUGGCCAGUAUAGCAGCGAAGCAUUUGCCUGUCCCUAAAGUAACGGAAGGUAUCGUGAAGGAGAAACGACAAGAUUUGACGACAUUUGUAAGGAAAUUACGACGAGAGAUUACGGGGUAUCAUUUACGUAUCUCUUCUAUCAAACAUUUACGAAAAGGAUUCUCUUUAGAUGAGCAAUUAAACAGGAAAGGCAAAGAAAAGGUGCGAGAGAUAGCAGAUAUUAGUGCUGCUGAUGCAGAAGCCAAGCAAGUAAGGAUUGAAUGGGUCGAUGGAAGAAUCGGCAGAUGUGUUGUGGGAAUGAAUGGCGAAGUUGUCAAACGUUUGGAGUUCGGGAGUCUACUGUUUACAAAUAUCCUUGAGAAUGAGGUGGCUUUAAGCAUCCGUCAAUUGUUAUCACAACUUCUUUCGCCCAAAGUUUUCUGUGAUUCAAGGUUCUCUCGUCAGACUAUACGUCAAGCAACGUCCGUAUCAACGAAGAAGAAGACGCGAGCUUGGAGUGAGAUUCUGAGUGCUCUAAUCGCCAACGAUUUCAAUGAGUACUACUCUUCACACAUCACCGCUACGUACUCGUCCAAGGCUGAGAGAACUGCACCGGGUACCGGCUGGAACCCUUUACAUGCAGCUUUCCAUCACAAUGGUCGAGCCUUGCAUUGUGAGAAAGCUUUGGCCGUGGAGGCUGAUUAUUUGAGUCGCCCCCAACUUUUCAUAUCGUUUCGUAUCUCUUCAUGGCUCAUUAUGCCAUGUAGAGCUAUCUCAAAGCAAUACUGUUUUAACCGUAGUUGGGAAGCACCAAUUACGAGUAGCCUCUCCUAG